GGCACCAGACCAGCCCCUCUAAAACGUGCGUCAGUGAAAGUGUUGAGUCCUGGGGCUCCAUCCCGCUCCAUACUUUCCAGUUAGGCUUCGUGUGAGCACGAGAAACUCUCCAACCGCAUACCACAGCAGUACUUCACUUGGGAAUUGGAAGAUCACACCAAACAGUCAUGUUGGAGAACGAGGUUUUUUCCUGUUUUGUUUUCUAUAGUGUUCUCCUGGUCAUCAAGAUGUACAUCAUAGCAAUCAUCACUGGACAAGUCAGGCUGCGUAAAAAGGGUUUUGCGAACCCAGAGGAUGCGCAGAGACACGGCGGCGUCCAAUACUACAGAGAGGAUCCGGAUGUAGAACGGUGCCGAAGGGCUCACCGUAACGACAUGGAGAAUAUCUUCCCCUUCCUGUUCCUGGGGGCAGUCUACUCCCUGAUUGGCCCGUCGCUUGCCGUGGCCCGCGCUCACUUCCUGGUCUUCUUCCUGUUCCGGGUGCUCCACACAGUGGCCUACCUGUGUGUCCUGCGGGCGCCCACACGCUCCCUGGCCUAUGUCGUCGCCCAAGUGCCCUGUGUCUCCAUGGCCAUGCAGGUCCUCGUGGCGGUGGCCUCAUACGCGUGAUGAUGACACCUCGCGGUAGUUGUGGUGUUCUGGAUCUAUCUGUGACCGCUUCAAUCUGUGACCUAUCUCAGUUUGUGAGAUGAGCAGUAGAGGAUACUGCUUGUUAGAGUGGUGGAUGCUUUUCAUACGAGGGAAAUCCUCAAGACUGUAUCGUCAUCAAUGCUGCCAUAGCAGUUUGUGUCUCUCAGCUGUAAGACAGCGAUACUCUAUUCUAUAAAGUGUAUACUCUGAAAUGAAGUCAGUGUUGUGCUCUUGCAAGUACAUCCUCCUGUAGUACUGUAUGUUUGCUAUGCAAUGUUGAAGUCAAUUGCCUCCCUCUUGAUAGUCCAGGGGACUCUACUCUCUGAAGAUAAAGGUUUUAAUUAGUAAACAAUCAACCUUUUAACCAGUUAAUUGUGUUGUCAUGUCAUGUUGUUUUUGUAUACACAAGUUGUUGCUUGUUUCUGUCUUUUUCUUGUUAUAAACUGGGUGGUUCGAGCCCUGAAUGCU